GCGCUGUCCCCGGAAUGGCGACCCGGAUAUCCCUCCGGGAGGCCCCGGACCUCAAAUCCCUGCCCUCUAAACUGCUAGAGUAUACUGUCUCAGCAAAACCGUGUGGCGAGGUGCAAGGGGACCUUGUCGCAGCGCCGGGCUCCCAUCCUCCACCUCCCUCACAGUGGAGGACGCCCAGGGAAACACGAGAGGGUUUAUUUGCACGGACACGGACUUCCGGGUUGGAGAUGUCCUACCCUGCGACAAGAAACGUGCCGCAGCCCUAAAAACGUCCCCUGGCUAAACCGGAAGUGUCUGAGUUGGGCGCGCAGGCUAGGCCGGAACUUGGAGGGCAGAGCUUGUGGCUAGGGCGGUGCGAGCUGAGGGGCGUCCGCUCCCAAAGCUAGCUGGGUAAGGCCCAAGAUGGCGUCUCUUGCUGUUAGUCCCGUGUGAGCCCCGGCUGAGACUGUCCUUUGCUUGGUCUUUGAAAUCUACACCUGGUCCCCAUUUUUCUGGCUGGUGCGGGGCCCUGUCGAGGUAGACGGGCGCUAGAGUAAUGGCAGGGAGUCUCCCUUGGGUGGCAAGUAGGAGCCUGUGGGGCUGGAUGCCCUUGGCGUGCAGAAGCUUCUCUCUGGGUGUACCGCUGUUGACCCGUGUGAGGCUUACGCUGCCGCCCCCGAGAGUGGUUGAUCGCUGGAACGAGAAGAGGGCUCUGUUUGGUGUCUACGACAACAUCGGGAUCCUGGGGAACUUCGAAAAGCACCCGAAGGAACUGAUCAAGGGCCCGGUAUGGCUUCGAGGCUGGAGAGGAAAUGAAUUGCAGCGCUGUAUCCGAAAGAAGAAAAUGGUUGGAAGCAGAAUGUUCGCCGAGGACCUGCACAACCUGAACAAACGGAUCCGCUAUCUCUACAAACACUUUAACCGGCAUGGGAAGUACCGCUAGAACAGAGAACUGGGGACUCGAGAAGAGACGCGCUUGUCAUCCUGGAGAAGGGGAACAGGACCUAUCCCUGCGAGGAAGCGCAGUGUGCUCUCUGAUAAAAUGGGCCGUCUUUGGGAUGGGAUAUGCUCACUCCUGCAGAUUCAAGUUUCUCAUCCCCGAGUCGUAGGCUCUUCUGUUAAGGCCCUUACUUAUCUACAACCCAGUCAUUCUUUCCCUCUUAGAAGUACGACAAUUAGAAUCAUUUAUUGUUGGCUCUUUCUGACCUUGGCCCUUCGUGUUUGGGGUUUUAUAUAUAAAAUCUUAGAGACAAAACCCAGGAACGUUGUCAUUCUAGGGAAAUGCUGUGCCGCUGAGCUCCCCGGCCCCUUGGAAGUGCAAUGAUGCUGUUGUCUCUAGAGAGUGACACCAGAAUGAAGUGGGAAAGUGAAAUUACACUUGUACUGCUCUCGUCAAAAUAAAAGAGAGUAACUUCUCUGAGCAGAGAAGUAUUUCAGAGGAUGAUCUUGAACCACAUCCAGUUUUGUUUGUUUUUUCAAGAUAGAUCUUCUCUGUGUAGCCCUGACUGUCCUGAACUUGCUCUAUACACCAGGCUGGCCUCAAACUCACAGAGAUCUGCCUGCUUCUACCUCCUGAGGGCUGGGAUUAAAGGUGUGUGCCAGCAGCGCCUGGUAAACCACAUCCAGUUUUAUGGAGUGUUAAAGAUCACACUAGGAUUUCCUGUGCGCUGGGCAAGCACUCCACCAACUGAGUACCUCUUCCUUACUAAAAAAAAAAAAAAAAAUGUGUGUAGUGGGGGGAACGGAACGGACAGGGUUUCCCUAAUUCUGACCUGGAACUCACUAUAUAGACCAGGCUGGCCUCUGACUCAGAGUUGCUCCUGCCUCUGUCUUCUGAGUGCUGAGAUAGAUGUCUGUGCCUCCACACCUGGCUUUCUCACUUUUUUAAUAAUAGUAAGGGCCAUGUUAGAGCACACGGGAUGUGAAGCUGAAGUCAUCAGAAGCCUCAUUAAUUGGCAGAGAUGAAAUGAAUUUUGGACUUACAUAUGUGGCUUUAUUUUGUUUUCUGGAUGUAAGGUCUCAUGUUGCUUAGGUUGGCCUAGAACUUAUGAUGUAGCUGAGGCUGUGCUUGAGUUCCCAAUCCCAAUCCUGUCACCACCUCCCAAUGCAGGGAUUACAGGUGUGUGCUACCCUGCAUGUUUUGUUGUUAUUGUUGUUUUCUUUUAAGAUAUUUUAAUAUGGAUGUAAGCACCAGUGUUAUGAGAGAGAUGCUCAGGUGAAAGUAAAACUCUUAAAAAGCAUGAAUGGACUUCUUCAAGACAUGUGUGAUAGUGUUGGGAUCUUGAAUAUACCAAGUACUUGUUCCACAGUGAACUAUACCUUCUGCCUGGAUUUUGUUUUUGUUAGUAUAUAUUAAUUGCAAAAAAAAUUAUGUUUUUCUUUCACUUAUUUUUGUUUUUUGGAGGCAAGGUCUGUAUAUAAUCCCAACUGUCCUGAAACUCACUAUGUAGUCCAGGCUAGCCUUGAACUCACAGAGAUCCACCUGCCUCAGCCUCCUUAGCUCUGAGAUUUAAGGCUUGUGGUACCAUGCUUGGGCUCAUUAUGAC